AUGACGAUGCUUGCAAUGGCGCGAGGUACGGAGAGACGAGAGGACGAGGCGGAAGCAGAAACUGAGGCGGAAGCUGAAGCCCAUGACGUGGACGUGGUUGGGGUCGAAGAGGCCGCACCAGUGGAUCUCACGAGGCGGCUCGGGUUAACCCGACCACCUGAUAGACCAGCUAUUGCUUUUUCAGUAGAAAAUAUAUUAGACCCCACUAAGUUUACCGGACGGUCAGAGGUUCCUUUGAGAUACGAUGAGACGUAUUGGCGACCACAUUAUGAUAGAGAUGAUAGUGAUUCUGUUAAAGACCAUCUCCAACAUUCAGAUCUUGAAGCUGAUGAUGUGGAGACAGACGACCAGACAUCGAACAUGGAUGAUGAUAUCCUAACACAAUCAGAUUUAGAUGAAAAUGGAGAUCCUAAGAGUCCAACUAGUUCCAGUUCAAAGAAAUGCAAGAAUGGAUCAUCCAGAGAUACUAAAGGUGGUACAAAGCCAAGAAGAGCGAGAACAGCCUUUACAUACGAACAGCUAGUUUCUUUGGAGAAUAAGUUUAAAACGACAAGGUAUUUGUCGGUUUGUGAGCGGUUGAACUUAGCGUUAAGCCUUAGUUUGACGGAGACACAGGUUAAAAUUUGGUUUCAAAAUCGUCGCACGAAAUGGAAAAAGCAAAAUCCUGGUAUGGACGUGAAUAGUCCAACUGUGCCCCCACCACCGGGCGGAGCAUUUUCUUCAGGACCUUACCCUGGGGGCCUUUUGUACCCACAUGGGGUACCUUAUCCCUUUACUGGCCCAGGACCUUAUGCCCCAUAUUUCCACCACCUAGCAGCCAAUCAUCAUCAUGGAUCCAUUGGACAUUCUCAUACG